AUGGCAUUCGGAGCUCCAAGAGGUAGAGGCGGUGCACGUGGUGGUGGCCGUGGUGGAUUCAGUGGCGGAAGAGGCGGUGGCCGUGGUGGAUUCGGUGGUGGUGGAAGAGGCGGUGCUCGUGGAGGUGCCAGAGGUGGUGCCAGAGGUGGUGCUAGAGGUGGCCGUGGUGGUGCAAGAGGUGGACGCGGUGGCGCUAGAGGAGGUGCCAAGGGAGGUGCCAAGGUUGUCAUUGAACCACACAGACACGCUGGUGUUUUCAUUGCCAGAGGUAAAGAAGAUUUGUUAGUCACCAAGAACACAGCUCCAGGUGAGUCCGUGUACGGAGAAAAGAGAAUCAGUGUUGAAGAGCCAGCCAAGGAAGAAGGCCAACCAGCUACAAAGAUUGAGUACCGUGUUUGGAAUCCAUUCAGAUCCAAGUUGGCUGCAGGUAUUAUGGGUGGUAUCGAUGAGUUGGGUGUUGCACCAGGUAAAAAAGUGUUGUACUUGGGUGCUGCCUCGGGUACAUCUGUUUCACACGUUGCCGAUGUUGUUGGACCAGAAGGUUUAGUUUACGCCGUGGAGUUCUCACACAGACCAGGUAGAGAGUUGAUUGGUAUGGCCAAGAAGAGACCAAAUGUCAUUCCAAUCAUUGACGAUGCUAGACACCCACAGAAAUACAGAAUGUUGGUCGGUAUGGUGGACUGUGUGUUUGCCGAUGUUGCUCAACCAGAUCAAGCUCGUAUUAUUGCAUUGAACUCGCAUUUAUUCUUGAAAGAUGGCGGUAUUGUUGUCAUUUCCAUCAAGGCAAACUGUAUCGACUCUACAGUGGAUGCUGAAACCGUGUUUGCCAGAGAAGUGCAGAAAUUGAGAGAAGAAAAGAUCAAGCCAUUGGAACAAUUGACAUUGGAGCCAUAUGAAAGAGACCAUUGUAUCGUUGUGGGGCGUUACAUGAGAGGUGGAAUUAAGAAGUAA